GAGGGGGUAGACUAGUGAAACGGUGGAGUGGAGGAUGAUACAGACUACAGAUACAUGCACGCACGCACAUACCGUGGAUGGACGCGAGGGCGGUGCAGGGAACCCGGCUGCGCGGGCGCGGCGUUGCGUCCUCCUUAUCUGCUAGCGCUUUGUCCAUUCUCCAUUCCGUUCCCGGCGCGAGCGAGGCCGAGGCCGCCGAGGUCCCCCCCCCACCCCGCAGGCAAACCUCUCCUUAUCCCACACGCGGCGUGGAACCCAAACUUCUCCACGCUUCGGCUUCGGCUUCGGCUUCCUUUCUUCUCUUCUAUCUUCGUCUACGGCUUCCAAGCGAGCGAGACGGAGCUCACCUCACCUCACCUCGCACCUGGCGGCCCCUACACGGCCACCUCGCAUUCGGCUUGGAGCUCGUCUCCGCAAUUGGGAGUAGGUCCAGUAGGAGUUUUUGCCCAUCGUCUUCCUUCGCCUGUGCUGCGCGGAUGUCAGACGGCAACGACUUCGCCGAGCUACUGUGGGAGAACGGCCAGGCGGUGGUGCAAGGCCGGAGGAAGCACCCGCAGCCGGCCUUCCCGCCGUUCGGCUUCGGCAUCGGCGGCGGCAGCAGCAGUAGAGCCCAAGAGAGGCAGCUCGGUGGUGGCGAUGCCUUCGCCAAGGUUGGGGCCGGCUUCGGCGCCUUGGCCAUGGCUCCGGCGGUGCACGACUUCGCUCCUAGCUUCGGUGCCGCCCACGACAACAACGGCGACGAUGACACCGUGCCGUGGAUCCAUUACCCGAUAAUUGACGACGACGACGGCGCCGCCGCCCCUGCUGCUCUGGCUGCAGCCGACUAUGGCUCGGACUUCUUCUCGGAGCUUCAGGCGGCGGCAGCAGCGGCGGCGGCCGCGACGCCGCCGGCCGAUCUCGCUUCUCUGCCAGCUUCCACUAACAGGAAUGCUCCAGUUGCCACCGCCUGCAGGGAACCCUCCAAGGAAAGCCACGGUGGCCUAUCGGUUCCCACUACCCGAGCCGAGCAGCAGCCACAGGGCGCCGCAUCCAAGCUGCCUCGGCCGGGCGGCGGCGAGGGCGUGAUGAACUUCUCUCUCUUCUCCCGCCCGGCCGUCCUGGCAAGGGCGACCCUGCAGAGCGCGCAGAGGCCGCAAGGCACCGACAAGGCGUCCAAUGGCACGGCGAGCAACCGCGUCGAGUCAACGGUCGUGCAGACGGCGAGCGGGCCAAGGAGCGCCCCGGCGUUCGCCGAUCGGAGGGCGGCGUGGCCGCCGCAGCCGAAGGAGACGCCGUUCGCGUCCACGGCGGCCGCGCCCAUGGCCGCGGCCAUUAACCUGCAGCACGAGACGGGCCGUGACAGAGCAGGCCGAACCAUGCCUAUCCACAAACACGAGGCCAGGAAGGUACCUGAGGCGGCAACGGUGGCGACGUCGUCGGUGUGCUCCGCCAACGGCGCUGGGAGUGACGACCUCUGGCGCCCGCCGAAGCGGAAGAGCCAGGCCCAGACAGAGUGUUCAGCUAGCCAAGAUGAAGAUCUUGACGAUGAACCGGGCGUAGUGAGAAGAUCCGCAGCCAGGAGCACGAAACGCAGCCGCACAGCGGAAGUUCACAACUUGUCAGAAAGGAGGAGACGGGACAGGAUCAAUGAGAAAAUGCGCGCUUUGCAAGAACUGAUUCCCAACUGCAACAAGAUUGACAAAGCUUCGAUGCUGGAUGAAGCUAUAGAGUACCUCAAAACCCUUCAGCUUCAAGUACAGUUGUCAUUGACACAGAUGAUGUCCAUGGGAACUGGGAUGUGCAUUCCUCCAAUGCUAUUGCCAACAGCCAUGCAGCACUUGCAAAUUCCACCGAUGGCUCAUUUCCCGCAUCUUGGCAUAGGAUUGGGGUACGGCAUGGGUGUCUUCGACAUGAACACUGGAGCGCUUCCGAUGCCACCCAUGCCUGGUGCUCACUUUCCUUGCCCGAUGAUCCCAGGUGCGUCACCACAAGGUCUUGGGAUCCCUGGCACAAGCACCAUGCCAAUGUUUGGAGUUCCUGGUCAAGCAAUUCCUUCGCCAGCGUCUAGUGUACCACCAUUUGCAUCUUUGGCUGGUCUUCCUGUUAGGCCAAGCGGGGUCCCUCCUCAAGUGUCAGGCGCCAUGGCUAACAUGGUGCAAGAUCAGCAGCAAGGCAUAGAGAAUCAACAGCAGCAAUGUCUGAACAAGGAAGCCAUACAGGGAGCAAAUCCAGGUGAUCCACAAAUGCAGAUCAUUAUGCAGGGUGACAACGAGCAUUUUAAGAUACCCUCUUCAGCCCAAACAAAAAGCAGUCAAUUUUCAGAUGGUACCGGCAAGGGGACCAACGCUAGAGAGAGAGAUGGGGCUGAAACAUAAAGAAAGGCCAGUAGGUGUAACUUGAUUUUCAUGCUAAAUUUGAGAGCUACCACUGAAAUCUGCAGAAUGUUCCUUUCCUAAUAAGAUCAAUGGCCGUGGAAUUUCAUGUACGACCAACUAACAACUUCCAGAUAUGAAAGUGUUAGCAAUACAUAACUGGGAGAACUUACUUGAGUAUCAAGAUCCACGAGGCAGAUGUGUCAUCCAAGACGCUCCAAAAUUUUGUGUAAAAUGUAGAUGGUAGAGAUACUACCAGGUUACAAGCUGUAAUUCUUGACUUACAGUGCAGUUUCCUAUGAGUAGUUUUUGCCCUGUCAGAAAUCUUGGACCAAUAUAUCUUAUUUUCCCUUGUUUA